GCAGAAGGAGACCUGCAGUGAAACCAACAAUCCACCAGUCAAGCGUCCGCGUGGUAGGCCACGGAAGAUCAAGACAGGGAAUUUGCAGAGGGGUACCACUAGUCAAUCAUCGGAACGCCCAAGACCCAAAUUUGAACUGGCAGAGGAAUAUCUGUCAAUAGAGCUGAGUCACUAUGAGGAACCACUGCCAUUUAAGUCCUUCCAGGAAGAUGAGGAAAGUGAUGAUGAAGAGGAGGAGGACCUGCCAAGUUUCUUGAUGCAAAUUGGCAAAAAGCCCCGAUCUAUUAGAGAGGGAGUAUUUGUGUGGUGCAAAUUUAGAAAUUACCCAUUCUGGCCUGCACUGGUUAAAAGUGUCAACCACAAGCAGAAAAAAGCAAGUGUCAUGUUCGUUGAUGACAUAACAAUUCACAGAAAGAAAGGGUUUACUGUGGCUUUGAAAACCUUGAAGCCCUUUGACUGUGAAGAAUCGAAAGAGCUGGUGUGUAAAGCCAAAGAAAAGUACGACACAGCAAUUGAGUGGGCCUUGGAGCUCAUAACAGACUACGGGAUACGAAUCGCAUGUGGCUCAUUUUCUGGCUCCUUCAUCGAGUACUUUGCUCAUGACAUGAGUUACCCAGUGAGGAGGAAAUACCCGCAGGCAGCCUCUGAGAGACCGAUGAUGGAGGAGCUGUUUGACGAUCAUAAGGAGGACAGCUUCAGUGAGCAGCAGGAGGAGGUCAGCCGGUGCUCAAAAAGGCUACUGCCAGACCGCACCCAUGCCGCCCACAACCGUGCUAAUGAGAAACUCGUACAUUUCAUUGUCAAGCAGCGCAUGGUGGAAGGACGCCUUCUGGCCGUUAUCUGUGGGCAGCAGCAGUCCAGGUGGCUUCGGUCCUUUUUAAGUGCUAAUCGGAGACGGGUGGUGAACUAUUACCUGGAAGAUGACAAGCAACUGGACCAGGUCUACUGGUACCUAAAUGAUCUUUAUGCCUCAGCAGUGGCCCCUGCCCCUUGCCUGGCUGAGGUGAAGAACAUGGAGUGUGUCCGCUUUGUCUUAGAUGUGCUGCUACCUGAGGCCAUCAUUUAUGCCAUAGCUGGGGUGGACAAUGUCUCACUAAAAAAGGCAGAGGAAAAGUACCUUAAAGGACGAUGCAUUAGUAACAGAGAAAGACAAGAGUUUGACUUGAUGAUUGAUGAACAAAUGCGGAAAAAAUCACAGAACACUCCACUUACUUUAUUCUCCGAUUCAGUCACUUAGACUAUAAUGUAAAUGAGAUUAUUUUUUUCCUCAAAUAUUGUGUUCAUUGGUAAUGCAGCCAUAUCAUUGUGCCUUGUAAUCCAUGAUAAAUCCUAUCAAACUAAUUCAUCUCUCUUACAAUUUUCAAUAAAUCUCUAAAUACUGGAAUCUAAUUUCAAAAAUCAAUGAUGGUGAGAACCAUAAAAGCUAGCUUUAAAACAGUAAUGAUGGUAAAAAUAUCUAAUCCCCUAUGGUCUGCUUGAUCUUGUACAUUGAGUGUCAGUAUGCAUGUGUAGUUGGUUUACAAAUGACUUUUUCAUAAACUGUUCUGUGCAACAGCAGGCUAGGAUUCAGCGCUCUUGCCGCUGCGGCCUGGUUUCAAUUCAGGGUUGUGUUGAGGAAAGGCAUCCGGCGUAAACCGUGCCAAAUUUCAACAUGUGAAUCAUCAGUAUAGCAACUUGCUGUAGCAACCCCUAACGGGGAACACCCGAAAAUGUCAGAUGGACACUUCUGUGCAACAGCAAAGGUUUUCACACACAGAAUGGACGACUGUCAAAGAAAGCAGACCUUUCAGCAGAGGGCAUCAUCAUGCAACAGCACAACCAAUGUUGUUUGGACAUUUUAAAUGCUGUCAGUGUAUUCAGAAAGACAAAUCAGUGUAUAAAUUGGGAGAGCUAUGCUGGAAACUGAGAGGCCACAGCUGUAGUUUUCUGACGUUGUCUGGUACUAUUAAAAGGAGUUGGUUAUUUAGCUUUAAAACAUCCUGGCAAUGAGUCAUCACGGAGUUGUCCUUGUGUGUGGCAAACUAUUAUCCCUGUAGAGCAUCAGUAGAAGAGGAACAUGCUGCAGAAUGCGAACACCUGCAUAUCAGAAACACUUUGGGAGGAUUGGACUGUGCACAUGUUGUGUAGCAAGGUUUAGGAUGCCUUCAGGGUCAAAGGUGUUUCAACGUAAAGAUUCUCCUUCAGCUGGUGGAAUGAAUGACCCCUGAAAAUACCAAAUAAUGUGAAUCAGUCAAUACAGACAAAAAAGAUUGAAUGGGACUAUGUUCUGCUAUUGUAUGCAUAUCUACCCCUGUGCCACCAUCACAAAUGAUCAACAAAAGGCCUCUGCUUCAUGCUCCACAGGCUGUUCUAGAAAUGACUUGCUUUUUCUGUCACUGUAGUCACAAGUCAGCACUGGUGAUGUUGCAGAAUUUCCCUUUUCUCUUGCAUAGUAAUGUUUUUCAUGCAGUACAAUGUGGAAGUGACUCUUGUACUAACACUGUGAACACGUUCAUACAUACCACUUUAUUUUUAAACCAAUAGCAUGUUGUGUUCUGUCAUCAGGCAGCCGACUUUGACAGUUGUUUUGGCAGCUACAUUGUUACUGUCUUGAUGUUAACUUUUCACUUUAUGAAACAUGUUAUAACUUUUUUUUAUAUAUAUAAAAUGUGUAGAAUCAUACAUUUGAUCAUACAUGCAAAUUAUAAGUGCUCCUUCCCCUGAGUGUUUUCCUCAUUUGCUGCCUCUGAUUAAUAGGUUGUUUUUGAGUGUGUUCACUAUACAACAAAUUUAACCUUGAUUAACCUUGGGGAAAAAUGCAUUCAUUUUUUGUUUAAAAAAGCAAAUACACAUGGAUUAUUUGAA